GUGGAUGAACCUAGAAACGCCCUGUAAGUCAUGAGGAGGCGUAAUAAAUACUAGGGCAGUCGCACAUCGUAGGGAGAGUAUCACCUUCUGUAGCACGCUCUCUUUACGAAAGGCAAGCCCUGGUGUCAACAUUCACUCAUUUGUUACUACAAUUCUUCAAACGCAGGAUCGUUUCUUCUUUGAGCUUCACAUUGUUACGACGGCCACACCUUCACUGCAUCCCGCACCACAAUUCUUCCUCUGACAACUGACCUCACCGGCCUCCUCCAACGUCGUUGCACAGAGCCCACUCCAGUCAUUCAUUUGUUGCUCUGCGGCUGUAAAGAGAACGCACACUCAUUCUUUCCUUUCGAAUUUUCCAUACUCAUCACUGGAUAAAAAACCCCUUCUCAAAACUCACACAUCAUAUUUGAAACCCCAAACCCCCCACAAGAUAUUUAUCGAAAUGUACGGAAAAGGUCUCGCGCUUCUCGCGCUGGUUACCGCCGCGCAGGCACACAUGCACUUAUUUUUCCCACCGACGCUUAAGGGUGAUAACAAUCCUUUCACCAAAGGCGAUGCAGAUCCCCUUCUCAAUUACCCGUAUGGUUGCUGUGGAAAGCCCAGUCCCGGGCCCUGCAAAGGCCAUCUUGGACUCCUCGAUACCGACGAAGGAAAGCCGGUCGUCACGUGGCAAGCCGGGCAGAAGGCCAACUUCUCCCUGUCAGGGUUGCAAAUCAACACACCAACAGAAAAUCCGUAUGGAGGCAAUCACUUCGGCGGGUCGUGUCAGGUGGGCCUAAGCUUGGAUAAAGGCAAGACAUUCAAGGUCGUCAGCACCUGGCAAGGUAACUGCCCUCUUCGUGAAGGCGGAGAGGACCCUGCCAACCAAGUGUUUGACUUUGUGGUGCCGGCAGACGUACCCGCAGGGAACGCAGUCUUUGCGUGGACGUGGGUGAAUCGAGAAAAGGAGUUCAACAUGAAUUGCGCAAGCGUCGCAAUCGCUGGCGGAAAUGGCGAGAAUCAACAGCAACCUGCUGCCUCCUCUAGCGCUCCAGCCCCUUCAAAGACCCAGUCCGCUCAGCAUCCCGAAUCGACCGGCGCGCAAUACACGCUGAAGAGCUGCACCUGCGAGUGUCCGUCUCAGACCUACACCGACUCGUGUCAAUGCACGUGCGAGUCCCCAGCUGUGAGCCGGCGGCUUGUUGAGCGUGAAGCUCUCACCCUGCAUAAGCGCCGUCUGCAGCAUGCUGAAAAAAUGAAAGCACCCGUCCGACGUACAGAGGCCGUGGCCUUCAAGUCUCGACCUGACAUGUUGAUUAAUAUUGACUGGAAGGAUAAGGAAGACGGCCAGUGCCACUCAGCGGGUAGUCCGUACGAACUCAAGUUCCCGGACCCGGGACCUACUGUUGUCCAAGGCGACGGCGAGUAUCAGCUCAAGGAGCCUACUUGCUGAAAAGAAUACAUCUUUAAGACGAAGGGUGUUGAGCACCCUGCCUUAUGAGCGGCUGCAAUAUCAUGUCGCGGGCUCUUUAUUCGGUGGAGUAGAAUGGAGUGGAAUGGUAUAUUUGACGCAUUUUCUUGUUCAAUACUUGUGUUCGCUUCUCACUUCCCUUUAUGUCUGGGUUUCUAGUCUUAUGUAAAUGACUUGUACCCACUUGUACUGUUUCUGAUUCCUUCCUUCAUUAAAUCUUGUUCUCGUUGUAAGUUAAGUGUUUAGGUGGAAAUGACAAAAGUUAUGGAUGGGAACUACACUUCAUGAAAGUCUCCUGUCUAAAUUCUCUACAUAAGGCACGAUUUAACUUUCGCCCAAGUCGCCCUUAGUCCCUGUAGCUGUUCAUCAUCAUUUUACAGGGGGUGUCAAGCAGAAAAACGCAUCC